GAAGUCGAUAGUUAUUCAUGCAAUACUACCUCAAUACUCCAAUGCCUCCAUCUGAUAUCGCGGGGCCAGCUCCUUUCCUAGGCCGAGUAACGUUUUCUCUCUGGAGGCGAUUCAUGUAAUACGUCCUUCGGACCGCCGGUAUCUUUUCCUCAAACAGAAUACAUGAAGGUUUCUGGAUCGCCAUGAUAUAGCUCUCUCGAUUCGACGGAAUCUAGAUUGUGCCUUGAUACUGCAUCAAUAUUCUGCAAGGACUCCAUUUGCUGCAGAUUGAACGAAGUCGGAGCAAACUUAUGACUGAAUGGCUGGCCGCCGUCUCACUAAGUACUGUGGUUUUCUCGAAAUAGAAUUGAGGCGGAGUAUUCAACGAAUCACAAUAUAUAAUGCGCCUUUCACAUCCCGGCAGAGGCUUUUAACCCUCAAAGCCAUAACAUAGGGCAACGGUCCUGCUGCUGCUCCAACCUGCCAGGUACUGUUCUCCCUGGUACAAGAGUCUUCACCGUCAUUGCAAUUUAUCUCAAGAUACAUAUGACCCAUUCAGUGCAAGGUACAUAAGGAGAACGCCGACCCUUUGGAUAUUUAUAUGUUCCUUGUGCAACCCACCGCCGCGGAAUCAGUUCAUGUCUCAAAGGGAGCAAACUGGGAGUCGGUGCUGAGACACGGUUCAUAAACAAUAAGCUUUUCAACAUGGGGCUAUUUGGCAGAUCAAACAAAAAGAAAAUACUGCCACCCCAGUCUCGACAUUACGAUGAUUCAAAUGAAUUACAGAGAGAACCACAUCCUACAACGAGACCAAAUUGGUUUUAUGUCGAAGAACGUCCGCAUCACAUAUCAAAUGAAUAUAAUCAACAUCGUCCAGCACCACAAGGAUGGAUAGUGACUCCAAUCGAACCACCAUCGCCACCACCGAGAUAUCAAACACAUACUAUAAUGGCGCCGCCCCUACUGCCACCACGAAAUGGCGUUGCGUCAAUGAAUUUGCGAUCGGUUACAAAUCUAUUGAAAGAGACUUCAAUACAUGAUCUGCCGUGUAUCGCUGCGAUUAACAAUGGCGUGGCCGUUAUGUCACAACAAACCAUCCAUCAUUAUCGUCAAACGACCGCUCUGUACGAUACUUUGUCUUCGAAAUUAUGCUCGGUGGUCACUUCAAUUGACGAGGAAAGAUUCAGUGGGGAUGAUCGAGAGCUUACAGUGCCUCAACAUUAUGAUCCGGAAUGGCAGGACGAAAAGGAAUUAGAGACAACCAGUCGAGAUUUGUUUCCGCGGAGCAAGAAAUCAAAGGCAGAUUUGAAGGAUGUCAAAUCAAGUGAAACGACGCACACAAAUUACUUUUCAAAGGUCCAUGCCUAUGCCAAUUCAAGGUUACCAAUGGACCUCAAGCCAAUGAGAUUGUACUUUAAUACAUAUCCUCUUAUAUGCCUCGCUGCUCAAUACUCCGAACAAGUCUAUUCGAAACCUACUGGACAAGAAAAAGAAACAAGAGUAAAUGCAAGAGGAAGGGCAGGGACCGUGAUGAAAAGUGUACCAAUCGAUGAUCGGGAUGUAAUUGUAUUUGCGAUUCGAGGAACAACACAUUCAUUUACAGACUGGGCUGUCAAUGUCAAGACAAAGCCUACGUCUCCAGAGGGUUUUUUGGACGACCCAGGGAAUUUAUGUCAUUCUGGAUUUUUGGGUGCUGCAAAAGACUGGAUCAAACCAAUAGCAGCUCGACUUCGAAAUCUCCUCCAAGAAAAUCCUAAUCGUACCCAAUGUUCUUUACUAAUCACUGGGCAUUCCGCUGGUGGAGCUAUUGCUGCUCUAUUAUACUCACACAUGCUUUCCACAAGUCCCGAAGCUAGAUCAGAGCUCAACGUCCUCACGGGAUGUUUCAAACGAAUUCAUUGCAUCACAUUUGGAACACCACCCAUUUCACUCUUACCAUUAGAAAAACCAAAAACCCGGGCAGCUUCCAAGUCUAUUUUUAUGUCAUUCAUCAACGAGGGUGAUCUAGUCGCAAGAGCAGAUUUCGCUUAUGUCAGAUCGCUACUCGAUCUCUAUUCCACGCCUGCACCCGGGAAAUCCGUUCUCCAACCUUUGAGAUUAGGACUCAAAUCUUCCAAAUCUAGUAAUACCCUUUUCACGAAGAAGAAACAUUCGAAACCCGAUCCGCAUGUGGAUUUGGGACCAGUAUGGCAUGUUCCCGAAGCGACUCUGAGUAAUGCAGGAAAUAUUGUUCUCUUGCGAGGGGUGGAUAGGUUGGGUAAUGCGCAAGGAAGUAAGAAGUUGCAGGAUCGAAUGGAUGAUGGUGUGAUUGCGCAGAUUGUCUCGGAUGAAUUGUUGAGGGGCGUCGUGUGGGGUGAUCCGGUUAGUCAUAUGAUGAAACUUUAUGCAAGGAGGAUUGAGGUUUUGGCUACGAAUGCUGUUAUGGGACGGACGUGAGGUUGAGAGAGGAGGGUGGCAUUUGUGGCGUUAAUAGAAAACAGUGGAUGAAAAAGUAAAGAUGGUCGAUACAAGGCGUUAAUCAUGAAUUGGGAUGGGUUGGGCGCAUAUGGUACUAUACCCUUUGAUCCACUCCGUUUAUUUGCAGGAGAUGUUUUUAGUGCGGGCGGUCAUUUCAUAUACAUAUCUAUAUACAGAUAUAAAUGUAUAUUCACAAGUACUCUUUUCUCGUCUGAUUCUCAAUAUGUUGGACACCAACCUUGCUUGUUGUUACCUCCAAGUGUAAUUCGGGACUUGAAUUUGUUGAGAGACAAAAUGUAUAGGAUUCCUGUGCAAUCUUGGGAAUGUGAUGAGGUGAGGUGAGGUGAGGUGAUAUGGUCGUAUUGUAUAAUAUUUGUUUUUAGUUGCGA